UGUCGUGAACCUAAGGGCAUCAUGUUGUAAAGCUAUGGGGGCUUCGGUGACUCGCGCGGUCAGGAAUUUCAACCUGGAGAACCGAGCAGAGCGGGAGAUCAGCAAGUUGAAGCCGUCCACGGCUCCCAGGCACCCUUCCACCAAAAGCCUCCUGCUAGAGCACUUGAGCCACCGUCCAGAAAUUAAGGGCGAGAUUGCUAGAAAAGAUAACAAACUGCUGUCAUUACUAAAAGACGUGUAUGUCGACUCCAAAGAUCCCGAGUCUUCCCUGCGGGUAAAAGAUGCUAAAACCCAACAAGCACCAAAGGAAUUCAGAUUGCAUAAAGGCCCUCACUUUAAUUUGGAUAUUACAAACAUUCCCAAAGGCAAAAUUUCCAUUGUAGAGGCAUUGACACUUCUGAAUAAUCAUAAACUUUCUCCAGAAACAUGGACUGCUGAGAAAAUAGCACAAGAAUACCUUUUGGAACUGAAAGAUGUAAAUUCCCUUCUCAAAUAUUUUGUUACUUUAGAAGUCAAAGUCUUCCCUCCUGAAGGCAAGAAAGCAAUACAAUCAAAAUGAAGAAAAUCACAAAGUUACUUUUCCUCUGUGUAUUUCCCAUCUCCAUGUCCUGUUUAUGUCCUUAUUUUUAGAAUAUUAAAUUCUAUCGAUUAUAUUGUGUUUGAU